UUCGUUUCGACGGAAAUCAGUUCGUAUUGUUCACCGUGCAGUUCUUCGUCUUCGACAAGACUUUGCUUUCUAGCUGAAUACUCUUUAUUUUUAUCAUUCUCGAGUCUACGACUCCUUUGACAAUUCGAUAUUAUUAUUACAAUUAAUAAGAAAAAAUGGGAAAGGACGAUCCAGAAACAGCGGCCUUGAAAAAAGAAUUGGAGGAUCUCAUCAACAAGUGCAAGGAGGAUCAGAAAAAACAGCAGGACACUACUUUAGAGGAAGCAUGCGGUAGCGUAGCGGAUGCUCCAAAAGUAAAAUUAUCUACGAAGAAGUUAUUGAAAGGGCAUAUAAAUAAGGUGAACUCGGUACAUUUCAGCGGCGACAGCAGACACUGCGUAACAGGAUCGUUGGAUGGAAAAUUAAUAAUUUGGGAUUCCUGGACCGGAAACAAAGUCCAAGUAAUACCAUUACGUUCAGCUUGGGUAAUGUCAGUGGCAUUUGCACCUUCCGGUAAUUUUGUUGCCUGCGGUGGAAUGGAUAAUAUGUGUACCAUUUACGACGUUAAUAAUCGCGAUGCCACCGGCUCUGCUAAAAUCACCCGAGAGUUACUCGGUUAUGAAGGAUUUCUCUCAUCUUGUAGAUUCCUCGAGGACAAAAGAAUUAUUACCGGUUCCGGCGAUAUGAAAAUUUGUAUAUGGGAUCUCGAGGCGAAUAAAAAAACUACAGAUUUUUGUGCACACGCGGGAGACGUUGUAAGCAUAAGUCUUUCGCCUGAUGGUAACACCUACGUAACUGGUUCCGUUGACAAAACAUGCAAACUUUGGGAUUUACGAGAAGAAACUGCCAAACAGACGUUCUUCGGACACGAAGCCGAUGUCAAUUCCGUUUGCUAUCAUCCUUCGGGACAAGGUUUCGUAACAGCUUCGGAAGAUAAGACAGCUAGACUGUGGGACUUCAGAUCCGAUCAGCAAUUAGCAACGUUCAAACCACCAAACUCGAAUCCAGGAUUUACAUCCUGCGGAUUAUCGCUCAGUGGUAGAUUCAUAUUUUGUGGAAGCGACGAUAAUUCUAUUCACAUAUGGGAUACGUUGAAGAAUCAACAUAAUGGUAUUCUAUCGGGUCAUGAGAAUAGAGUAACAUCGCUAAGUGUUACUAAUAAUGGUAUGGCAGUAGCCAGUUGCUCUUGGGAUCAAAAUGUUCGAGUUUGGGUAUAAAAUGUUUACAAUAAAUAAUCAUUCCUUAUAAAAUGCUUAUGAGAAACAAAAACAACAAAAAAAAAAGAAAAAAAAAAGAAAAUAAAUACGAUGAUUAAAAAAGAAAUUACAAAGACAUUCGAAAAUAUGCAUUACGAUUUGAAAUUGUUUGAUAACUGUACAUAUUUGAAAGUCAUACAAUAAUGAUUAUUUCCAGUUGUUGUCACGAUAAAACAAUUUAUAGAGGGAUCGUUCGAUACAAUAGGUAUUUAUGUUUAUACCAAGAAACUACAUUUCUUAUAAUUUAGUUUAAUAAUUUAGUUGAUCUCAUAUACUAAUCAAUGAAUGCAUACAUAUAAAUGCCUGGUGACUUUUAGAAGAAGAAAUAUAAUUUACGUUGUAACGCA